UUGUUGGGUUGGUGGCAGCAGGCAGCUGUCUCUGUCGCUCACAACCUCCCGGAGACUUUGGAGAGCCUGAAAUGCACGCGGCAGCCCAGCCCGGAUAUUUGGACAAGAAGUUGGCAAAUGCCGGAUUCGGUGGCCCUGCUCUUUGUAAUCUAAAACCAGGCCAAUCGCUGCCGGAGAUCUGAACCCAGAUCCACCGUAAUCACGGGAAAGAUCUGGAGAUUUGUCCCGUGUUUUGGACAUGGAGACUGGGCGUCCUGAGGACCGAACCCAGACUGGAGGAGAAGUGGCUGCUGCUGCGGAUGCAGAACUGGUCAAAGCCAUCAUGGCGCGCCAGUUCCACCCUUCUGUCCUGGGCCCAGAGCCUUGGGAAGGUUACAUCUUCUCCGACCUGGAGAUCCGGAUUAAAGAAUCCACAGACCUCUACGGAGCUGUCCUCUGGCCCUCCGUAUGUGCGAUGGUGCUGUGUCACUUCCUGGAGACCAACUGUGACACGUACAACCUGAUGGACAAGAACCUGAUUGAACUUGGUGCAGGAACUGGUCUCGUCUCCAUUGUUUCCAGUCUACUAGGUGCAAAAGUCACGUCUACUGAUCUCCCAGAUGUUCUUGGCAACCUCCAAUGCAACAUCUCCCGCAACACAAAAGGACGAUGUAAAUAUACGCCUCUGGUCACAGAACUGGUGUGGGGCCCAGACGUGGAGCAGAGGUUCCCCCACAGCACGCACUGCUUCGACUACAUCCUGGCUGCAGACGUGGUGUACGCCCACCCCUACCUGGACCAGCUGCUGGACACCUUCACCCACCUGUGCCAGGGGAACACACAGAUCCUGUGGGCCAUGCGUUUCCGCCUGGACGCAGAGAACACUUUUGUGGAGCGCUUUAGAGAAGGUUUCCACCUGGAGGAGCUGUACGACCUCCCCAGUCUCAGCAUCAAACUGUACCGAGCCUGGAGGAGGGAGCAGGGCAGGUCUGUGGCUUUUUGAACUCCACACUUUCUACUAUUGCAAAUGUGGACUCUGUUCCUUUGCAACAGUAUGUUGGACCUUCUACCCGACCCAUUUUGUUGGACACUCAGAAGUCAAGUCUUCCAGAAAACAGGUCUCAGAUAAAUGUUACAGCGUCGGUCUCAUUCCCGCAGAACUCUUGUGGAUUGUGUGCUAAGUGGGUGUGUCCACACAAAAGAGGAUUUAUUUGGAAAAAUAUUCACUCUCUUUAUAAAAAAAAAAGAGUAGACAAGACCCAUCAAUCAAACAAUUAUUUUAAUUAAUACUUUUUACUUGAGUACCACUUUUUGUAGGUCUUUUUCUCUCUCGAUCACUUUUGUUUUCUUCCUCUUCCUGCUUUUAUUUGCAUGUAUGAUGACACAAAACAUUGGCUGGAGUGCGAAUUGUAGUGAUGGGUAAAAAUGACACCUCAGUGAGGAUUUGGCACACUUAAUGGUUGGAUUGACACGCCGCUCAUACUGUGGUCUUGUUUCUCAACCGCGCAAUCUGAUGGAUUAAAAAAGGCACUUACAUUUGCCCGAACUGUUAUAUAUAUAUCAUUUAUUUGUUUUUGUUUUAUAAGUCACAUUUUAAGAAUAUUAGGGCAUUAAGUAAACAUACAAAAAAAAACAUCUUAUAAUGACAGAACUGAAGUUGAUCUAGAGAGUUCAGCGUUAAAAGCAACAAUAAACACUAUUUUUAAAGUGGAGUCCUUUAUGGAUCCAUGAGAAUUUUAGUGAGAUUUAAAAAAUUAAUAUAUGAAUAAAAAUCAAUCUUGUUAUGAAUUAUUGACCUAUUCAUGGAUUUAAUUAUUCUACACCAAAUAUUCCACAUCAAAUAAAUAUUUUUGGGGGGAAAUAUUGCAUAUUUUUUGUUUGCUGUAAAAAAAAAAAACCCAAAAAACAAAGUUUUCUAUGACAAAAAGGGCAUAAAAUAAACAAACAAAAAAUAAUAAAUUCUGAAGUUGAUCUAGAAAUGUAAGUGUUAAAAAUAAAAACACUUUUUAAGUGGAGCCCUUUUGGGUCCCUGAGAAUUUUAGUGGGGUACAAAAAAAAAAACUGUCAAAAAAUAAUGAAUCAAACUGAUUCUUGUUAUGAAUUAUUGACCUGUUCAAAGCUCUGAAUACUUCACAUCAAAAUAUCCACAUUGAAAUAUUUUUGGGGGAAUGCAAAAAAACUACUGUAAGUUUUCUAUGACAAAUAGGGCAUAAAAUAAACUAACAAAAAAACCAACGACAGAAAUGAAGUUGAUCUAAAGAUUUAAAUGUUAAAAAUAAAAGCACGUUUUGAUUUGGAGCUCUUUUGGGUCACUUAAAAUUUUAGUGGGAUUUAAUGUCUAAAAAUAAUAAAAAAUGUCUAAAAAUAAUAAAAAAAUAUCUAAAAAUAUCUGAGUACAUCUAGUUUCAUACUGGGGCCUUGUGGUUGUACUGUGAGUGGACGCUUGACCCUGUGACCCCCAGGUCGGGCUCUCAGUGAGCAGGGUGACCUGAGGCUAUAUAAACUUCACCCGCUGCCACGAGUCUGCAAGUCUCUGGGCGGACUUCCCAGCAGGAGUCAGUUGACCACUUGGCUCUCAACUCAAGUAUGAACAGUAAAUAUGUUGGAGUUUUAGCACCAUCACUGAAUUUGAUAUGCGUAGGAAAGAAGUGCACUGCAUGGGCGGCUGGACGCUGGAGGUCGUCUGCAGCACCGGAACUCGAGCGAUUUACAAGCAGCGUCCUCUGUAGUGGACAAUUCACAUAAAACACUGCAAUGAUUACAGGAGAAUAUUGCAAAUGUUUUCCAUCUUUACAUUGAUCUGAUCUAGCCGGGUGUGGAAAAUGUGACUGUGAUGCAUUAAAGGUGCCGCUAAUUAAA